GUGCAUCUAGUCUGGUCAACUGCCACCCGCGCUCAGCACAUUGUUCUGAAGAAGCCAAAGCGAAAAUGGAUAGCGAGAAUACUGUUUCUGCCCACUCCGAGAUUGGCAGCCACAUUCCUGAUGUUUCCAACGCCAACAAAAAGCCGGAGUCACGCAAAAGCGGUCGGCCCAGCUUCAGGGUGGCGUUUUUCAGUUUGGGCGACUCGCUUUGCCAUGCAUUGACCAUCUCGAUGGUGGUUUACUUCUUCUGGGACUGUCUAAAUCAGUCCAUCAGCAGCCUGACCGGUUGGCAUGCAUCGCUUUUUACAUUAGCGUACGUGUUUUUCAUGACGGAGGGCUUGCUCAUCUUCCUGCCACACAGCGUGAUCAGCCGGGGAUGGGGACACAAGUAUCUGAUCAAGCUGCACUGGAUUUUGGAGCUUUUAGGAUUCAUUUGUCUUGCUUCCGGCAUGACCAUCAUCAUCGUGUCCAAAAAUCAGAGUAACAGACGCCACUUCGUCUCGUCGCACGCCAUCACAGGCCUUGUAGCCGUGAUUUUAGCUGUGCUGGUCAGUCUGUUCGGCUGGUGGACCAGGCUGGACAGAAAGUAUCACCUGGGCCUCAAAAUGUCCCAUUUGAAGUUGAUCCACACGGCACUGGGCGUUGUUUCGUACGGCGUGGGAAUGGCUGCUCAAAUACUUGGUUAUUUCACACACUACUACAUGAAAAAACACGAUGUCGAGUGGCGGGUGUUCCUGUCUGUGAUGACAGCGCUCCUGAGCCUGGUUGCCUUCCUCUUUGCCUCGACGAGCCUUUACAAGAGGACCAGGGAAAUUUUGCGCAAGUGA